AUCAGACAAACCAUGGUGACAUUACACUUGGAUGCUCUCGAAUUUUUACAUCGAGUGAUGGAUAAAAUAACAGUGAUGGAUAAAAUAAAGCUCACACCUCCGUCAAAAAACACUCAGAAACUAAUCAUGGUCACAUUCAUGUUGUUAUCUUUUGUAUGUAUAUUCUAUGUCUACUACAAUCCAAACACAACCUUUUUCAAAUACCCUGCUGUGGGCAUCCACACAAACAGCAGCUGCUCAGAAACUUGCCUCCAUGUUCUGAAAAUGCAGAACUAUGAAUGCAUUAUGAAAAACGCCUCAAACAAUCCAUUGGCCACACCAGCGCCGAAUACUGCUAAAGAGGAUCGAAACAUCAUCGUGUUGAUCUGGAUGUCUCCUUUCGGAGUACCUUUUGACCUGAAAGACUGUGCUUCAGAGUACAACAUCCACGGCUGUCAUUUAACAUACGACAGAAGUAUGAUCCAACAAGCACAUGGAGUUAUGUUUCACCACAGAGAUAUGAGCGCGGAUUUUCCGCAACCACCGCGACCAGCUUUUCAAAAGUGGAUAUGGUGGAAUAUGGAGUCUCCGAGUCAUUGCAGCCAAAAUGACUUUCUAAAUGAUCGGUUUAAUCUGACGUCAAGUUACAACAGGAAUUCAGAUAUUCCAGUGCCUUACGGUCGACUCGUCGAUGCCACGGAUGAGGAGAAAAACUUCACUAUCCCCAAAAAGGAUAAAUUAGUUUGCUGGAUUGUAAGUAACUUUCAAGGGCACCACAAGCGCACACAUUUCUACUAUGAGUUUGUGAAACACAUUAAUGUGGACACCUAUGGAGGGCACUUCAAUAAUCGAAUUAAUAGUGAAGACUAUGGAAAUGUGGUGUCCAGCUGUAAAUUCUACUUGUCCUUUGAGAACUCCAUUCACAGAGACUAUUUCACUGAGAAGUUGUUCAAUCCUUUAGCGCUCGGUACGGUUCCUGUCGUAAUUGGCCCGCCCAGAUAUAACUAUGAAGAGUUCAUACCUAAAGAUGCCUUCAUCCAUGUGGAUGAUUUCCCAACUCCCAAGGAACUGGCAGAUCACCUUAAAUCCUUGGACCAAAACGAGGAACAGUACAAACAGUUUUUCAGCUGGAGAAAACAUUAUGUUUCCAAGAGUACAUUGUUUGGGCUUGAACAGUCCUGUAGGUUUUGUGAUUAUCUUAGAUGGAAUAAGCACUAUAUAGCCGUUACAGAUCUGAAAGGGUGGUUCUGGGGUUAAUGCGAUUGUGAAUAUUCUGUCAUGAAUUGCCAUACCAAACCCCUGAGACCCUCAUUCGUUUUCAUAAAACAAAUGAAGAUAUUUUAGAUGGAAUCCUGGAGCUCUUUGGCUCUCUAAAUGUCCAGAAAGGAACGAAAAAUAUUAUCAAAACAUUCCAUGUGACUAAUUUUAUGAAUCUACAAGAAUGCACCAAAAUUAACCGAUAUGACUUUGAAAGUUUCAGGACCCUUGUUGUCUACAGAGAGUCAGAGACCUCCUGGAUUUCAUCUAAAAUAUCUUCACUUGUGUUCUAAAGAUAAACGAAGCACUCAGGGGGUUUGGAACGAUAUGAGGGGAAUUAUUAAUGACAGAAUUUUCAUUUAUGGGUGAACAUACCCUUUAGUCUUGAUAGAUAGUCUGAACUCUCUCAACUUUAUUGCCAAGUGCUGUGAGUUUACAUAAACGAGGUAUUUGUCUUGACGUAUUAGCACUUAAUGAUCAUAAAACGCACAAAUUAACAUAAUAAUAAUGCCAAAUUAGGAACAAAUAAAAUUGUAGGAAAAUACACAAAGACCUGUUGGAACUAACACAUAUUAUAAUCAUACUCAUUCCAAAAGCAAGAAUCUUGCAUCAAAAAUGUAUGAAGUGGUCAAAAUUGUGUCUGACACACUUCUUUCCUUCCAAUGUAUGUAAGUGAUGAUGGAAGGACAAAAAUAUCCAAGUUGAACUAAUAUUCUAAAGGCGACAUUAAAUCUGUAAUAAUAUGCUUGGUAAGCAUUUUUUUUUUAUCCAGUCAACUUUCAGUUCAACUACUCAGUUCUGAGUGGACUACUAAAUACAAUUCCAGCCAAUACAUAUAUACAUAUAUUUAUACAACAGUUCUGUCUGGUUCUCGCAUCUGAUUGGCUGAUAGCCAUGUGAUAUUCUGCAAUAUCAGAACUCCAACAGCCUCCUCACCCUUCUGUAUUACUCUGCCCACAUAGAGUGACAGCAGAUUAGACUCACUACAGUUUGACAAAUAUUGCAGCUGUUGGACAACAUUAUGUACUUUUGAGACAUUUUUAGGUGACAAUGUAGUUGUUUAGAUUGCAAUUAUGCAGUUUAUUUAUAAGGACAGUGCCUAUUUUAAAUAUUUAUACAUUUCUAAGAUACAUCGCAUCAGCAUACAUCAGCUUGUCAUUAAGCUGCGAAAAGACGGUUGACGUUGUCCAUCCACAAGAUGGCAACAGAGAGCGCAUAAUGAGCCCUUAGGUGUAUUUUCCAAUAGCAUCUGGAUGCAGCUUUUAUGAUGCAAGCUGAGAUUGCAUCGCUCAGAGAUGCAAUGUCAGACACAAUGCACUCAAUGGAGCUAGUGACGUCACUGUGAGGGGUAGGGUUAGGGGUGGGAGUAUGUGAUCACAUUAAAAAGCAUUGGAUGCAGCUCCGAGUCUGCAGCAAGACCCCUCUCGUAUUUUCAAACAACAGCUGAUUGGUGAGUGACAUUCUAAGUUGAUCUCUCUCUUUUUUAUGUUACAGUGCUGUAUUUAUACCAUAUGAUUGUAGUGUAUUGAGUGUGAGAUGGGACUCACAUAUCAGGAAUGUGUGUAUUUUGUGUUGGCCAUUCUUUGUAUAACCCUGCGUUACUUUUUGGUUGGCCAUGUGUUUGUUUCUAAUGAGUCUCCUUUUUUGUUACUGCAGACUAGUUCAGUAAACAAAGAAAGAAGAAAUGCCCGCAUGUGUUUAGCACUUUUCCUUAUUGCAAACACAACAGUAAUCUGCUAGUGAUUGCUUUGCUUUAGCUUUUUCCAGGGUUAAUUAUUGUGAUCUUCCGACUGCAACAGAGAAAUACUGGGAAUUGUCUGUAGACU